AUAAAAAAGUUGCUAACUGCUUCCUGCUCUUAGUUUUGUUUCAUCAGCCACGUUCAUUGAACAGCGCAAUUCACUCACUGGAGUUUCUGUCCCACGGUGCUUUGAAAUGAUGGGAGACUGUGUGACAGAGUACUCAGUGCGGCUGCAGGAGCAGGAGCGAGAGAUCCAGAGUCUCUCCGCAGAGAUCGAGUGUCUAAAGAACCCCCAGAAGUUGAAUCCAUCUUCACGUCUGGAUGACCUGCGAGAGGAGAACGCCAGGCUCAGGUAUCGUCUCAACAUCCUCAAGAGGAGUCUUCAGGAGGAGACCCCUUACGACGGGACCUCCAUGAUAAACAUCAACCAGCAGCUCCAGGAGAUUUUCGGCGCCGCCAUUCGAGCUUCGUGCCCGGAACUGGACAGCCCACCACUGGCCGUCACACCCAAUCAGCAGGCCAAGUUUGGGGACUACCAGUGCAACAGCGCAAUGGCCAUGGCCCAGAUGCUGAAAGCUAAAGGCAUGAAGGUCAGCCCGAGGGAGAUCGCUGAGAAGAUUGUUCAGAACCUUCCGGACAACGAACUUAUCCAGAAAACCGAAAUCGCAGGACCAGGCUUCAUCAACAUCCACCUGAAGAAAGCUUUUGUGUCCAAACUGUUAAGCAACCUGCUGGUCAACGGUGUGCAGCCGCCCCCACUGGCCUUCAGGAAGAGGGUGGUGGUGGAUUUUUCGUCUCCUAACAUCGCCAAAGAGAUGCACGUAGGUCACCUGCGCUCCACCAUCAUCGGGGAGAGCAUGUGUCGACUGUUUGAGUUUCUGGGCUACGACGUGGUCAGGUUGAACCACGUAGGAGAUUGGGGAACCCAGUUUGGCAUGCUCAUUGCACAUCUCCAGGAUAAAUUCCCAAACUACCUGACGGUGUCGCCGCCCAUCGGGGACCUGCAGGCCUUCUACAAAGAGUCAAAGAAGCGUUUUGAUGAGGAGGAGGACUUCAAGAAGCGAGCAUAUCAGUGUGUGGUCAGGCUGCAGAGCAAAGAAGCAGACUUCAUCAAAGCCUGGAACCUCAUCUGUGACGUCUCCAGGAAAGAGUUCCAGAAGGUUUACGACUGCCUGGAUGUACACAUCACAGAGAGAGGGGAGUCUUACUACCAGGACUUGAUGACGGCGGUGGUGAAGGAGUUUGAGGAGAAAGGCCUGACCCAGAUGGACGAGGGUCGCAAGAUUGUUUUUGCCCCAGGUCAGUCUAUCCCACUCACUGUUGUCAAGUCGGACGGCGGCUACACCUACGACACGUCGGACCUCGCCGCCAUACGCCAGCGCAUCUUCGACGAGAAGGCCGACAUCAUCAUCUAUGUGACGGACAGCGGGCAGGCCACACACUUCCAGGUGGUGUUUGCUGCCGCCAGGAUGAUCGGCUGGUAUGACCCCCAGGUGACCCGGGUGGAGCAUGCAGGCUUUGGAGUGGUGCUGGGAGAAGACAAGAAGAAGUUUAAGACUCGUUCCGGGGACACGGUGAGGCUAAUGGACCUGCUGGAGGAGGGACUGAAGAGAUCCAUGGACAAACUUAAGGAGAAGGAGCGAGACAAGGUUCUGACGCCAGAGGAGCUGACGAGAGCUCAGAGGUCGGUUGCGUUCGGAUGCAUCAAGUACGCCGACCUCUCUCACAACCGCAUCAACGACUACAUCUUCUCCUUUGACAAGAUGCUGGAUGACCGCGGCAACACGGCGGCAUACCUCCUCUACGCCUUCACUCGCAUCAGGUCCAUCGCCCGCUUAGCCAACAUCGACGAGGCCACGCUGAGGAAAGCGGCCCAGACCACCGAGGUCCUCCUGGACCACGAGAAGGAGUGGAAGCUGGGCAAGUGCAUCCUUCGCUUUCCGGAGAUCCUGCAGAAGAUCCUGGACGACCUGCUGCUGCACACGCUCUGCGACUACCUCUAUGAGCUGGCCACCACCUUCACCGAGUUCUACGACAGCUGCUACUGCGUGGAGAAGGACCGGCAGACGGGUGAGGUGGUGAAGGUCAACAUGUGGAGGAUGCUGCUCUGCGAUGCAACGGCAGCCAUCAUGGCCAAAGGUUUUGACAUCUUGGGCAUCACCCCCGUCCAGAGGAUGUGAGUUCACGGCAAGCCCCGCUACACAUCCUAUUUUGGACAUUUAAUUAAAAAGCUCUAAUGAAACAAG